GAGCAGAAAGCGAGAGCGCGAGCGGCUCCGGACCGCGUGCGCUCCCGUCCAGGUGACAGCAAAGUUUUCAGAGCAGGGCUAGGCUUGCCAAACUUCCUCGUGCCCCGCCACCUUGGAGAAAACAGGGUAAAAGUGCACCGCGUCUCUCCGCGGGACAUGCUUGUGUGUCGCGCGCGCGCGCGCCGAUCCGCGCACCCUGAUCGCACCCGGGACUUUCGCCUUUUCUCCUUCUUCUCCUCCUCCUCCUCGCGCGUGGAGAAGAGAUGAUCGCCGAGGAUGGGGCUCUGCUUGGGGUCGCAGCUCAGCGAGGAGGACAGGAAGGCGAGGUUCCACAGCGCACAGAUUGACCGAGACCUCUUCGAAAGUGCCAAGCGCGAGAUGAACGUGGUCAAGAUCCUCAUGUUGGGGGCUGCGGAGAGUGGGAAGAGCACACUGGUCAAGCAGAUGAAGAUCAUCCACAGCCAUGGCUUCACCAAGCAGGAGCUCUUAAGCUUCAAGCCUGCUGUCCUGGAUAAUCUCCUCACCUCCAUGAAGUUUGUCCUCCAUGGCAUGGGGAUUUUGAGGAUCAACCUGGCAAAUGCCAAGAAUAAGGUUCACGCCCACUCGGUGUUGUCCUGCGGCCGCUGCUUUGACGAGGACCAGGUGCUGCUGCCGUUCGUGGGCCACGCCCUCUGCUGCCUGUGGGGCGACACGGGGGUCCGAACGGCCGCCGCCCGCGGCUACGAGUACGAGCUCAACGACUCGGCCCUCUAUUUCUUUGAGAACAUGAAUCGGAUCACAUCCCCGGGCUACAUACCCACGGAGAUGGAUGUGCUUCGGGUGCGGCUGCGGACCACCGGUGUGAUUGAGACCCAGUUCAAGGUCAAUCACCUGGUCUUCAGAAUGUACGACGUUGGCGGCCAGCGCACCGAGAGGAGGAAGUGGAUCAGCUGCUUUGAAGACAUGCGGGCCGUGCUCUUCGUGGUGGCCCUCAGCGGGUACGACAUGACCCUGAUGGAGGACCCUACCGUGAACCGUCUACAAGAGAGCCUGAAGCUCUUCUCAUCCAUCUGCAAUAACGUUUUUUUCAGGCGAACCUCGAUGAUCUUAUUCUUGAACAAGAUUGAUCUGUUUCAAGAGAAGAUCUUGCACUCUGGAAGACACCUGAGGCUGUAUUUCCCGCAGUACAGAGGUGCCGACUACGACGUGGACGCGGCAGCUCGCUUCAUCGCUGGCACAUUCAUGGCGCUCAACGCCACGCCCAGCAAGUUCGUCUACCACCACUUCACCACGGCCACGGACACGUCCAACGUGCAGGUGGUCUUCCAGGUGGUCAUGGACACAAUCAUGAAGGAGAACCUCGAGGCCGUUUCCCUGCUCUGAGGGUCCGAAUCCAGGUCCCCGAACACUCAGCAGCUUUUUGAGACCCGUGUCCGGAAUGGCAGGACACCUCCGUAGAUCCUGCUCCCCUCCCCCCCCCCACGUUCCCAACUCGUUCAAUUUAUUUCCCCGUUGUAAUCGCUGGAGGAAUGUGGAUAUGAAUAACUGUUAUGAAGGCAAACCCCUUUCCUGCCGUGAUUUAGUCGUUUGUUCUGUUCAAGAGUAACUUGGGGUGUGUACGGCAGCUCCAUCGCGGUCACCUCUCCUCAUGAGCCUGGCUCCUGCACUCCAAGGCCACCGUCAGGUAGGGGGUCCAGCUGUAGCCACCGCUGUUGGAGAGGAACAUCUGCGUCGCCGUCUACAUGAGUGACUACUGCGGGGGCGAGGAGGGCUGGCGCCGGCUGAGGUCGACGUGUCCUUCAGCGGUGGCAUUUUUUGAAGCGUGAAUGGUGAGGCGUCUCUGGGUUAAAUGUGAUUCUGCUCAUGGGUCAACGGGGGUGAAAUAGCAGACAGUUUUGAGGUCAUUGACAGGGGUGUGAAGGUUAGGAGGGUGUGAGAGGUUUAGGGUUGGAAGCGUUAUUAGGGUUUGGAAGGUUUGGGAGCUUUAAGGUUUGGUGGGUUCAGGUUUAGGGUUCAUCGGGUUUAGGAGGGUUAGGAGUGUUUAGGGUUUAAGAGGGUUUGGGAGGUUUAGUGAUGUUUAUGGUUAGAAGGGUUUGAAGGGUUGAGGUUUAGGGUUAGAAGGAUUAGGAGAGUUUGAGAGGUUUAGGAGGCCUGAUCCCUGUUGCCAGGGUGACUCUUACACCUUCACUGUUGGCCUUCAAGUGCAGUACACCCGAGUGUCGGGAGCUCAGAGGGAACCAGUAUUUAUAGUUCUCCAACCAGCAGAGUGCGAUCAAAGUGCCGUUUGUAGCGCCUUCAUGACAGUCGUGUGACGCCACCAUACAGCUGUGCCUCGGGUUACCACCGCGGUAAACACUGUGUAUAAAUUGCGUGUGACGAGUGGCAGAUGCGGCCGAUGAGGACGCAGGCGACGGCGUGUGGAGUGGACAUUUGGUGUCGAGUGUUACGGAGCUGUUACGUAGGUGUGAUAACGCGGUAUCGCGGCUCACUGGUGCGUUUUGGCCAGGAGUGAGAACCACUUUAACUUAUGUUAAUGUUUUUUGGUUUCACUGUCUUUGGUGCUGAGGCUUCGCUCCGGGGCUCUUUAAGGAGUUAUUUGCGGAGGGGCGACUCCAACUUUGCCCCCUCCCUGUCCAUAACCUCCAGAACGUGCGUCUCUCCAGAGGCGUCCACCUCUUCGCGUCCCUUUGCAGGCCUCGCUUUGCUGCUGCUCUGCUUGGUCUUCAUCCUGGACAUUUUGUCUUUUAGUACCUUCACCUGCCUGGAUUUUAAAGCAGAAUAUUUUGUAUGGUUUAUCUUUUAAAUGUAAUUUUAUUUAACCUUCUUAGGAUCCUCGUUAUUUGGAGCAUUUUCUGCUUUGGUAGAAACCAGCCCUCACGCAGUGACUCGUGUCCUUUUCCCACCGAGGGGUUGAGAGCUGUUUUGGGAGACGCACAGGGACAGGGUGACACUGUUUGGUGAAACUUUUCCUUUUUUAAACUGUUCUGUAAAAGAUGGGCUCAUCCUGCCAGUGGUGAGGAUGGAGGAGCUCGACUCCACUGCUGAGCUUUAAGUCACUUAAGAAGACGCCACGUGCCUUUUUUGUAUAUAACCACAAAAGUAAUGGUCGGCCUGUUACUGUACGUACAGUUUUAAUUUAAUGCCGUGUGUACAGCUGUUCACACUUCUGGAAAGAGCUGUGUAAACCGAGUUACUGUGAACGUGUGUGUGUGUGUGUGUGUGUGUGUGUGUGUGUGUGUGUGUGUGUGUGUGGAGCUGCGGAAUAAUGCACUAACAUUAAAGUAUAGUCUUUGUUGUUUUAUUACUGCAAAUCGAUGCGUGUUCAGUUGAAAAUAUUUGAAAUACCAAUAAACAAAAGUCUAUUAAA